AAUGUUCCGUGUUUUAUUAUUUUUCCAUCUGCACAUUCAAGGGCCAAACAGAUGGGCAGCAACAGCAACCCAUUAUCCUCAGUCACACCAAAGGGGAGGAGACUGAAGGACAUCUCUCCACAUCUGAGAUACUCUCAUUUCACGAGCGGAGAGGCGAGUAGCGCAACACGUCAGUCAUGUUGGGAUUCGCAAUCAAUAAGAUUUCACCAGUUAAAACGGUUAUUCUAAUUCUCUUGAUUGCCGUGGGAUCGUUAGUGCUGCCAAACAUUUUGCUUCACUCUGCCCUGUCCAGCAAACCCCAUCAAUCGACUACCGUUCAAUUGCGUCCUCAGCAAAAUCCAAUUAAAUCCAUUCUGUUAUGGAACGGUUCCGGUCGCAAGGAAGUAAGGGCUUUCGGUUUGGGCCAGCAGGCUUUCAUCAACCCAAAUUGCACGUACACGCAAUGCAACAUGGCAGAUAAUCGAUCAGAACCAAUCGAACACUACGACGCUGAUGCUGUCGUUGUGUUCAACGAUGAAUCCGCGUCAGAAGAUCAACUGAGAAUGCACAUCUACGGUGGAUGCGGCAACUUGUCGUGCGCUCUUGACGUCCUGCAUCAUUCCGAUCCGCAGUGUUACGAUAUGCUCGAAUCCAAUUACAAAUUCUACUUCUCUUUCGAAAAUUCACUUUGCCCGGAUUACGUGACUGAGAAAUUCUUCAAAAUCAUGGCUCACGACAUCCUUCCCGUCGUGUACGGCGGGGCGGAUUACACCGAACACGCACCGCCUCACUCGUUCAUUGACGCCGGCAAAUGGAAACCGAGAGAAUUGGCAGCUUACCUGAAAUUGUUGGAUGCCAAUGACGCGCUGUACGACGAAUAUUUCUGGUGGAAAGAUCAUUACCGCGUAGAAUUCAGCGUCAACGAUAUGUCGCGUCACGGGUUCUGCGAUUUAUGUCAAAAGUUGCACGAACCUGCCAUUUCGAAAUCUUACAAGGAAUUAGCGUCUGAGUGGGGUGAUGGUAAUCAAUGCAAACCGUUCCAUCCGUCUACGAUUUCAUAA